AAUACAGCAUUCUUUAAAACAGUGAAAAUCCUUAUAUUCAUUUCUCAUGGGCUAGAGCAAUACAAUCAGUCAUUAUGAACAGUUUUAGUAUAAUUAUUUCUUCUAUCCUUUAUUCUGUCUUAAAGUAAUCAUUUAAUUAUCUUCUAAUGGAAAGUGAUAUUUAGAAAGUCCAAGUCAGUGUUGCUUAAAAAUAGAAACAAUAACCGAAAAUAGUUUAAUACGAUUGCAUCACAUGGUUGAUUUCCAGACAUCCUGACUUGCUGGCUUUUUCCGUUCCCCUUGACUGACACCCGGGGGUCUCAUGCACUUCAAUGCCUGCCUUCCCAUUGCCUCAGCUGUCCGUGGUUCUUGGACUGUUAUUGGUACUAAGGAGCAGACCGUCUGUACUCAUCAGGUUACUCUGUGUCACCCUGAGGUUUAUUUUAGCUCCAACAUGAAACAGAAGCCCAAAAUGCCACAUGAAAUACUAAAGAGGAACUCUAAAUGGACUAAAUCCUGGGUGUGUUUAGAGCAUCCCUCUUGCAAAGUCAGAAAUUGUUUGAUGCAUGAGGUGUGGUUAUACUGUGUUUUAAAAAGCCUCGGCAAGAACAUCUAUGCUGUUUUUUCUUAGAAGAAAUUCUUAAGAUAUUACUUAAAGCCCCUAUAAAUAAUAUAGAUGAAAUUAGAAUAUGUUAUCCCACGUUUGCUAUAAUAGUAAUGGAUAGAAUUGCUUUACCAGCAUAGAGAGUUAAAGUGUUUUGCCCUUGUAAUGUAGAGUGUGUAUGACCCCAUUACAGUAGUAAAUUGUUUGGUGUUAAUGUUCAGUUUAAUUAUUGAAUUUUCCUCUACACCCAUCUGCAGAAUAGCUAUGUGACCUUAAGCAGGUUUGCAAAAUGAACUUAGUAAUAUCUGCCCUUACCUAUCUCAGAGUGAUUUCUUGAUUUAAAAAUGAGAUAGCAUCCGUGAAAGCACUUGAGAGGUAAAAGUACUCUAUGAAGGCCUAGUCUUAGUGUUCUGUUCUCUUCACUUUUAAUUUCUUUCUCUUCCCACAACAAUGUCCACCACGAGCUGAUUUGAAUCAGUGAACUCUUCUAAACCACCUAAACCCAGAAUAAAUGGUAAUAGGUGACUUGUGUCUUGUUCCCUCACAGUUAUUUUCCCAUCCCACAGCUUAAACUGGAAGGAUGAAUGUGUAAGUUUUAAAUUCACUUUUUGUCUUUAAUUUAGUCAUCUUUUUGGUAAGUGUUUAUUUCUGUCCCCCCUCCUGCCUCCACCUCCCGAGAGAUUUGCAUAAAUCUCAUGUAACAGUUCAACAAGUGACUAAUGUAGACUGGGCUUGCUGAGUUCCUGAGUCACUUUAUUAUGAAACACUCAAAGUUGAACAUCUAUAUAUAACAAUGAGGAAAUAAUUUAAAACAAUUUAUACUUUCUGAUCUGAUGGUUUUAGUGACUAACUCAUCAGGCCAGAGUGAAGAAGGAAAUUAAUGAAAAUUCACAAAGCCAGACAAAAUUAGCCUGAAAAGAAAGUCUGAAUAAACCACAAUCACCUUUACUUCCUUCUCCCCCUUUUCUAAGCAGUUGGUGUUUGGUUGGUAAGAGUGUUGGCCUGGGAAAAAAGAUCUGGCUUCUACUCCUUGUUCUGCUGGGCUGUGACCUUGGACAAGUCAUGUAACUUCUGUACUUGAGCUUCCUCAUUUCUAAAAUGAGAGUAAUAAUGUAUUUUAUCCUACCUACCUCACUGGGCAAUUGUAGAUAAAAAUGAGAUUACAAAAUAGGAAUGUGACCCCCAAAAAGAUAAGUGGUUAUAUAAUUAUUACAUCCUGACAGUCCUCAUCUGACAUCUCAUAUCUGAAUGGCCACACUACUGAAGAGUGAAGGAGGAAAGGUACAUUCCCAGUGUUUGGAUAUCUGAAUUGAAUCACGGAAUACAAUUCCCGAUAGAAAUAACAUUCGAUGGGUAGGUUUCCAGGCCUGCCAAUUAAAAUGAUUUAAUCAUAACAGUUCAUGGUGAUCCAAUUCCUGUAAAACUCUAAACCCAUUGGAGUAUGGGUAUCAGUUUGGUGUUUAAAAUGUUCUGGAGGACUUAACCUCGGUCUGGAUGGUGGUGAAUUCACCUCUCUUCUGGCUUCCCCAGUUAGUUGAUACUUGCCUAGGGCUGUUGAUGGUUUGAUUUGGAAAUGUCAUCAGUUUCUACUCCAGUCCCCUGGCCCUUUGACUAAGAGAGUCUGAAACAAACUUUCUUUGCCCCAGGUAAGGGAUGAGGAGCGAGCACUCUUGGAACUCUGACCCCUUGGAUGAUCACAGUAACCUUCGAUCCCAAACCCCCUGAGAACAACAGGGACCAGGUAAAAGAAGAACGUCCAGAAAAAAUACCAGAUCUAAAAUUGUUAGUGCAGAAGAAAUUUUUGGCUCUACAGGAUAAGAAUUCUGAUGCAGACUUUCAAAAUAAUGAAAAAUUUGUACAAUUUAAACAACAGCUGAGAGAACUGAAGAAGCAAUCAGUGAAACCUAAAGAAGAUGGAGGACACAAUGAGUUGGACAAGAUUAAGGAUAAGGAUGGAAGUAGAGCAGGCAAUGAACGAGACGGUCUGCAAGCAGACAGAGAGGCUGAUGGAACAGAAGGAGUUGAUGAAGACAUGAUUGUGACCCAAAGUCAGACCAACUUCAUCUGCCCCAUUACACAGAUGGAAAUGAAGAAGCCAGUGAAAAGUAAAGUGUGUGGCCACACCUAUGAAGAGGAAGCCAUUGUUCGCAUGAUUGAGUCCAAGCACAGGCGGAAGAAAAAGGCCUGUUGCCCUAAAAUCGGCUGUAGCCACACGGUGAAGAUGUCGGAUCUCAUCCUGGAUGAAGCCCUGAGAAGGGCAAUCGAGAACCACAACAAGAAAAAGCAGCGGCACUCAGAGUAGGAAAGCCUGCCCGCCUGCAGGGCGCCGCAGCCUACCUCCAGCCAGCCUUCUGAGCGAGCCCUGCCUGCCGGAGCACUUCCCACUGCUGCAGGCACACUUCGUGUGGGUUCAAGCCUGAAGGUUUUAGUGUAACUCGAAGCAUUUUUCUAUGUUAAAAUAAAAAUUCAAACAUAUUAAAUUGUUUAUUUUUGUGUUCUAUAAUUUUAAAUAAAACUUUGAUUACCUGCA